AUGCGAGCACGGCAGGUGCCAGGCCGAACAUGUGAACACACAAGGCAGGGCACGUUCCGUGCCUGGCACGUUCCUGGCAGAUGCCUGGCAGUAUGCAGAGUGGGCAGAGUGGUUGCUAGCGGCAAUAAUUUUGACAUUGUUUUGGACGUACAGACGCAAAAUUAUUGUGGCAAAUUUUUUUGUGGGUGGGAAGCCAGCGGCCCUCCACGACUCCACCCACGGCCAAGGUGUCCACCAGUGGUAGACGAGAACGAAGCAAGAUCAGUAGCUCAGGAUGGCAGUGAGAGCAGUAGUACUUCAGACACCACGCCCGCUACAUCUUUCAGUCUCCACGCCACCACCGACCCCUCGAGUCUACGCAGCCCAGUGGCCGUGUGUGUCUUGGCGUUGGGCGUGACGUGCAGCAACGGUGGUAAUAGCAACGGGAAGCUUGAUGCACAGCACAGCACAGCACAGCACAGCGGAGAGAUUGGUGGUGAGUUGACGAUCCAAAGGCCUGACUCCACAGCGGUAAUGAGCCUUGUGUACCUUGCACUGUCUUCACUGACAACGCCCACUACUAACCCCUCUGCCUCCGCCACCGUUUCAAGAUCAGGGAAGGACUCUGCCUUGCAUCGCGCACUGUGAUGGUCGCCGCCCCGCCCCCCCCCCGCCGCCGCUGCUGCUGCUGCUGCUGCUGCCGCUAAGGGAGAAUAGUUUGUUGAGUGGAUGACGGCGCGUUCACUGACCCUCUCCCCAUCACCCUACCAACUCCGGCCACCCACCCCCCUGCCACCAGACACCUGCUACACCACCACUACCGCCGGCUCCGUCCAGUGAAAGAUUCAUCGCAGACCUGCCAUUCAACGCCUGCCGCCGCCGCCACCACCACCACCACCUCCUUAUGGUGGUGUCACUGUACCUGGAGCUGUUGUCAUGAUUGAAUAAUAAAUUGUGAAGAAAU